AUGGCAGAGUUUUCAAUGGAAGGAGAAAAGGUAGCAUUUCUCUUAGUAACAUUUCUUUGCUCGAGUUGUGCAUAUGAGGUCUCAGUAUCUUGUAUGAUGGCCUAUGAUGAGGGUGGUGCUUCAGCAGUUUUCAACUCGCCUGAAUGUCAGCUGUGGGAUUUUUCUACUGCUAUUAAAAAUGGAACAGAUAAUUGCCUUAUAGCUACGCAUCAGGGGCGUAGGAAAUACCAAGAAGAUCGUAUGACAUGCUAUCCUCGCGUUACUGUUCCUGUUUUAGGUAAAGAUGGUGUGGAAGAAGCUAGUGUGGGUAUAGCGGCAGUGUUUGAUGGACAUGGAGGCAAGGAAGCAAGUGAGAUGGCUUCUCAGAAAUUCUUUGAUUACUUUCUAUUGCAUGUUGUUUUCAACACAUACAAGAAUCUCUUUUCACACAGUAAAGAGCAUGAAGAAGCAGGUCAAAAUAGCUUGAAAUUCAAAGUUGAUGAUGAGGCGACACUUGGAAUUCUAGAGAAAGCCCUCUUGAGAACAAUCCAAGACAUAGAUUCAGAGUUUACACAGGAAGCUUUGAAGAAUGACUACAUUUCUGGAUCAACUGCAAUAGUUGUUCUUUGGAUGAAUGGGCAGAUAUUAGUUGGUAACCUGGGUGAUUCAAAAGCCCUCAUAUGCUCGAGGAAAACUCAUUUUGAUCAGGAAAAUGAAGGUGAUUUGAUCACAAGACUUCAAGCUGAGGAACUAACGAAAGAUCACCAUCCUGAUAGGGAUGAUGAAAAGGCUAGAAUUGAAGCAGCUGGUGGGGUUGUCCUUGUUGUUGGCGUGCCUCGUGUCAAUGGUAUAUUGGCUGUCUCACGGUCUAUUGGUGAUAUUCGUUUGAAAAGAUAUGGAAUUAUUGCUGAACCAGAGGUCACAGGUUGGAGACGUUUGUCAACUGAAGACUGGUAUGUGGUGAUAGGAUCCGAUGGCAUAUUUGAAAGAAUGAGUCCCCAGGAUGUCUGUGAUAUUUUACACGAUGGACAUGAUAAGGAGAACAAGACAUCUAUCGACUCGUCCUCCUGUCCAUCCUCUUUAGCAGACUGCAUUGUCCACAAUGCAUUUAGUAAAGGUAGUGGUGAUAACUUGUCUGUUAUUGUGAUUCUAUUGAGACAAGAAUCCCCUUCACUUGAUUACAAACAACAGAUAUAA